UUUCCCCGCAUGCAUCACCAGCUCAAACCGCCCGAGGCCGCCACGCUCCCGCGCCACCUCCUGGAAGCCCACGUCGUGUCGCUGGUCCGGCAAUGCCCCAGCCUCCGCGCGCUCCGCGGCGCCCACGCUCGCCUACUCAGGCUCCGCCUCCCGCGCCUCACCUACGCCUUCGCGCUCUCCAAGCUGCUCGCCUCCUGCGCCGCCUCCGCCACGACCGCCGCGGCGGCCUCGUACGCGCGCAGCCUGUUCGACCAAAUCCCCGAGCCGACCGCCUUCUGCUACAACUCCCUCAUCCGCGCGCUCGCCACCCCCACCAACCCCGCCGCGGACGCCUUCCUGCUCUACCGCCGCAUGCUGCGUGCGGGCUCCCCGCCCCCCAACAGCUUCACGCUCGCGUUCGCGCUCAAGGCGUGCACCGCCGUGCCGGCUCUCAGCGGGGGCCGGCAGCUGCACUCUCAGGCUUUCCGCCAGGGGCUGGAACCGAGCCCCUACGUGCAGACCGGGCUGCUUAACCUCUAUGCCAGGUGUGAGGAGGUUGCGCUGGCUAGAAGCUUGUUUGAUGGCAUGGCCGAGGACCGGAAUCUGGUCGCGUGGAGCUCCAUGAUCGGCGGGUACUCCAGAGCGGGGAUGGUUAAUGAAGCACUGGACCUGUUUCGGGACAUGCAGGCUGCUGGGGUGAACCCGGAUGAGGUCACAAUGGUUAGCGUCAUCUCGGCUUGCGCCAAGGCGGGCGCUCUUGAUUUGGGCAGGUGGGUGCAUGCUUUUAUAGAUAGGAAGGGGAUCACGGUCGAUCUUGAGCUGAGCACCGCGUUGAUUGACAUGUAUGCAAAGUGCGGUUUGAUAGAGCGGGCAAGGUUGGUAUUUGAUGAGAUGGUGGAGAGGGAUACCAAGGCAUGGAGUGCAAUGAUAGUUGGACUGGCGAUGCAUGGGCUUGCAGAGGAUGCGUUGGGCCUUUUCUCAAGAAUGCUCCAGCUUAAGAUUAGACCCAAUAAUGUCACCUUUAUAGGUGUGUUGUCAGCCUGUGCUCACAAUGGGUUAGUUGAUGAUGGGCGGGGAUAUUGGUCUACUAUGCAAGAAAUGGGAAUUAAAGCUUCAAUGGAGAACUAUGGUUGCAUGGUUGACCUUCUCUGCCGUUCUGGCCUUUUGGAUGAAGCUUAUUCAUUUGUUAUAGGCAUGCCCAUCUUACCAAAUUCAGUAAUUUGGAGGAAUCUUCUUGUGGCGAGUAAAAGCUCGAACAGAACUGAUAUAGUAGGAUUGGCUUCUAAAAAGCUCUUUGAGUUGGAACCUCAGAAUCCAGAGAACUAUGUUCUCCUCUCCAAUUUGUAUGCGUUGAACUCCCAGUGGGACAGAGUGAGGUAUAUGAGGAAAAAGAUGAAGGACAACAAUGUUACUGUUGUUGCUGGCUGUAGUUCAAUUGAAAUAGAUGGCUAUCUGCACAAAUUUGUGGUGAGUGAUGGUUCACACCCUGAAAUUAAGGAGAUAAGAGUGGUACUGAGGGAAAUAGCUGACCAGGCUCUACGAUUUGGCCACAAGCCUUGGACUGCAGCCGUUCUACAUGAUGUUGCUGAAGAGGAAAAAGAAAUUGCACUUUGUGAACAUAGUGAAAGGCUAGCCAUCGCAUAUGGGUUACUGAGGACAAAAGCACCCCAUGUCAUUCGGGUGGUAAAGAACUUGAGAUUUUGUCCGGAUUGCCAUGAAGUGACAAAAAUAAUAAGUAAAUCAUAUGAUCGAGAAAUCAUUGUCAGGGACCGUGUUCGUUUCCAUAGAUUUAUUGGAGGAAGUUGUUCUUGCAAGGACUUUUGGUGAUUGCGUAACGUAUUGAAUCACUUAUACCUGAUUAUCCAUAGCCCGGAGAUGUGAUGCCUUAAAACGAAAAUUGUUCCAGAAUUGAUGAAAGGGACUUGUGCAUAUCAUGGGGGGUGCCAAUGCCACCGAAAUAUAUUUUACAUCAUUGAGGUAUUUUGUCCCGUCGUUUGUAUAUCCAGUGUGAAUGCCUAGCGUUUUCUAACCAGAAAACAAGGUGAUAGAGUAGAUGUUGUAUCAACCUAAAAGAGAAGGCAACUCCAUUGCUAUCAUAACCUUUUUAAAUGUCUCUGUCCAUGCAUUAUCAAAGAUUGGUUGCGUCGCUGAUUACACCAUCUAUACAUGUUGUUUACCUGUUUCUUUAUGGUGAGUGAUGGUUCACUCCUUGAAAUCAAGGGGAUAAGAUUGGUGUCGAGGGAGCUGACCGGCGGUCUGGCCACAAGCCUGAUGUUGGCGAAGAGGAAAAGAAGUUGAGAUUUUGCCCGGAUUGCCAUGAAGCGGCAAAAAUAACAAGCAAAUCAUAUGACCAAGAAAUCAUCCUGAGGGGCCAGUGUUCGUUCCCAUAGAUUCAUUGGAGAAAAAAAAAAUUGCAAGGACUUUUGGUGUUUGCGUAACGUGUUGAAUCGCCUAUUUCUGAUUAUACAAGGCCCCGGAGCUGUGAUGCCUUCAAGGAAAACUGUUCCGGAAGUGAUGAAAGCGACUUGUGCAGAUUACGGGUGCUCCAAUGUUACUGAAACAUAUUUUACAUCGUCGAGGUACUCCUCUUCUUACCAGAAUUCGAUGUUGCGUCCUGUCCUCUGUAUCUCCAGUGCUAGUGCCUGGUAUAUUAUCUAACUAGAAAACAAGCUACAUUAGUGAUGGAGUGGAUGUUAUAUCAACCUGUAGAAGAGAAAGAGAAAGCGACUGCAUUGCUGUCAUGGCUUGUUUAAAUAUCGUUAACAAAGGCUGGUUGAGUCACUCAUUACACCA